GUCACUUCAUGGGCAACAACACAGUGAUUGAUGUUUUGAGGAGAGAAGGAUACGAGGUAGAACACACUCCAGCUGGACAAGCCAUCAACAACAGAAAACCCCCCCAAACCUUGUUAGCUUUUUCAUCGUCAUCACCGGCACACAGCCCUUAUAUUGCAUCCCAGGAGCUCCCACUGCCGUUACAUCCCCAGAAGGAGGACGAGGAAGAGCUCCUGACUCAGCUGCUGCUCCCUGACAGCAUCGAUGUGCUGGAGAAGGCCGACAGGAAGUACAAAAAGAAGAAGAAGAAGCAGCAGAAGAAGCAAAGACUGCGACAGUUUAAUGACCUCUGGGUUCGCCUAGAAGAAAGUGCUACUGACCCUCCUCCUCGGAUCCGCAUCAUUAACGGCUACAUCACGGUCGAACCCCAGCCCCGGGGCCACGGACGCUCUAGUCACGCUCACGCAGACACCAGCAGCGCUCACCAGCUUUCCCAUUCUCUCUUCCUCCUGCUACUGACUUUGACUUUGCAUAUGAUAAAGCUGUAUUGA